AGUAAGAUUUUCCUUCACUUUCUUUGGGGUUUUGUUGAUGGUCCAUUAAAUUGCACCUGAGGACUGAGGUUUUGAUGCAGCCUACAUGUGUGAAGUAGGUUCUGCAUGAUUAAUAACUUUGGGAUUGAGAUAUCUCACUGGUUGUUGAGAAUUUGUGGCAAUUUUAGGGUAAUAUAUCAGUUUUUUUUCUUCCUCUGAUGUGAUUUGAUAGUCACAGAUGAGAUCUUUGAGUAAUGUGGGACUUGGUUUGGGUAUUGUUUUAGGGUGUCUUUUCUUAGCUCUUGUUGCAGAGCUUUACUACUUGUGGUGGUGGAAGAAGAGGAUCACCAACAGAGAGAUUGAAGAUGAUUACAGCAGUCCAGCAAGAGAGUUGCUCUAUAGGUUUUGUUGGAAAAAGCCACCAUCUUUAAGCUCUACAGCUCUUAACCCCCAAGAACUAUCUUCAUCUGCGAGAAUUGUGGACACUCCUGUCCAUGAACCACAAGCUGAUCAGGUCCAUUCUAACAAGGACUUGUGGGCCAAUCCAUUUGGAGAGGAUACCUUGGACAGUGAGCUCAUGAGACUUCAUAACCUCCAAGGGCCACCAAGAUUUCUCUUCACCAUCAAAGAAGAAACAAAGGAAGAUUUGGAGUCUGAAGAUGGGAAAUCUAGAGGUGAUAGAAGUAGAAAAGGGUCAAGAAGUAAGAGCUUGAGUGACCUAAUUCUGACAGUGGAUACACCAUAUUUGACACCUCUUGCUUCACCACCAUAUUUCACUCCACCUCUAACCCCUAUGAACUCCUCAUAUAACAAGCAAGGGUUCAAUUCUCUCUUUGAAUCACCAAUUAAGGCUGAGUUUAGGAAGAUAAAGUCUUCACCACCUCCAAAAUUCAAGUUCCUGAGGGACGCUGAGAACAAACUUCAGAGACGAAGACUCUUGGAAGAAGCUGAAACAACUGACCAUAAUGGUGAUGGGUCUGCUCAAGAUGAGGGAAACGAGUCUUUUAUCACCCUAAUUGUGGGUAAGAACAAAGAGAAAGAGGUUAAUCACCAUCAGUUUUUAACUCAGUACCCUUCAAGCUCUUCACAGGGUAUGGUAAUUCCUCAUUUUCACUUGGGAGAUGUCUAG